GCAUUGGCUUAAUAUUAGACGUAUUACGGGAAUAGGAGGAUGGCCAUAAACAGAACUGUCUUAUCUGCAAGAAAUAGGCUACAGUUCAUUUCACCAAACUUUGCCUGUUGUUUCCUGAUUCAAGUCCAGGCAAGAUUUCCCGAGACAACAGUUCAUCGGAGGUUUAACCGCAGCGUUUAUCAGAUGGCUCUAUCAGGAUGGAUCUGUUUGGUGACUGGUGCUUCCAGAGGAAUUGGAAGAGGUAUUGCCCUACAGUUAUCUGAGGCUGGCGCUACAGUGUACAUCACUGGUCGACAGGAGAAAACUCUGAAGCAGACAGCAGCUGAGAUGACAGAGAGAGGUGGCCGGUGUCUUCCAGUGGUCUGUGACUCAUCUAAAGAGGAUGAAAUCAAGGAGCUGUUUGAACGUAUUCAACGUGAGCAAAAUGGCAGACUUGACUUAUUGGUCAAUAAUGCCUAUGCGGGUGUACAGGCUAUUAUGAACAACUUGAACAAGAAGUUCUGGGAGGUGGAUCCAGAUAUUUGGGACACAAUCAACAACACUGGACUCAGAGAUCAUGGUCACUGUUUUCACAGAGGUCACUAUUUCUGCUCAGUGUAUGCCGCACGGAUGAUGGUGGCGCAGGGCAAAGGCUUGAUUGUGUUCAUAUCAUCCAUGGGUGGUCUGCGCUAUCUCUUCAAUGUAUCGUAUGGGGUCGGCAAAGCUGCAUGUGACAGAAUGGCAGCGGACAUGGCAGUAGAGCUGAAGAAGAAAGGUGUGGUUUCUGUAAGCCUCUGGCCAUGGGCCGUUCAGACUGAGUUAAUUAAUCAGUAUAUAUUUUGUGAUGAGGCUCCUCCAGGAUUUGAUCCAAAAUUCAAGGAAAUGUUCAGGAAGGGUGAAACGACAGAGUUUAGUGGACGAUGCAUAGUUGAGCUGGCCAAAGAUAAAAAUCUGAUGUCAAUGACCGGGCAAGUGUUGAUGACCUGUGACCUCGCUCGCCCCUAUGGACUCAAGGAUGUGGAUGGUCGCAGUGUCAUGGACUACACCUCUCUGAAGUUCCUCAUGUCCCAGGUGCCCUAUGUGUCCUGGCUGUCCGUAUUCACUCCUUCAUUCAUCAGAGUGCCUCGUUCCAUGCUGAGCCUGGGCAAAUUCUAACACGCCUCGGUGCAAACACUGUGGCUAUUUUUGGUAAUCCUGUCAUGUAUGUUGAUCAUGUACAUGCGUUUUUACUUCGUUGUUUUAAAGAUGCCAUCAAGAUAAAGUCAUUUAGCUGGCUGUAAAAUUGUCAUUAAUUUCUUGCUACUGUUGCUAAUUAAAAACUAUUACAUUAAAAAUAAGAAGACACCCAG